CUCUGAAGAAGGGCCCAGACUCGAAACGUCAGCUUUCCUGCUCCUCUGAUGCUGCUCGGGCUGUUGUGUUCAUCCAGAUCUACACCUUGCUAUUAAAUCUGAUGUUUUUUUCUUCACAGAUGCUGCCAGAAUUGCUGAGCUUUCCCGGCAACUUUGUUUUUGUUCCGCAGAGUAUGUUCUCUUCCCCCCCUUGAAAUUUCUGUGGUUUUUUUGGUGAAAAAGUCGGGGGCGAGGGGGUGGUAGAUGCUGGAAACAGUCAGCCGCGGACAGUGCGGUGCUGACAUGUUUUCAGCGACUUCCCCUCACACCAUGGCACGUUGUCACGCUUCUCCGCAUUGAGCUCGGAGACAGUCCCUGCCCCUUUUUUUUAUCAAACACAAUGUUGGGUGGAGCCGGGAAAGAGAGCCAAUGCAGGGUGGUCGGGGCUAGUGCGGACCAUGGUACAGCUUGCUGCUGGCUCUCGCAGCGAGGCCAAUGAAUGCGGCGAAAUGGAGCUUCCUGCUGUGCGCCUCGGUGAGCGCCGCCGUCUGCCUCUGUAUCUACAUCACCGCCAAGGUCAGGCGGCCCGUGCCCCACGCCUGGAGCCUGGAGCGAGCUGACUGCGGGGACUACCCGGACGAGCUGUGCGCUGCGCUCUUCCAGGGCAAGGCGGCCGCCGUGGGGAUAGGCGCCCGGUGCGAGCAGCUACACCGGCCCCAGGCCAGGGACCAGGGCCCCCUCAACUGCUCCCGCCUGCUGGCUGCCCACUCGUAUAUCACCCAGACCCUGUCGCAGGAAGAGGCGGAUUUCCCCCUGGCCUACAUCCUGACUGUGCACAAGGACCUGGACACUCUGCUCUGGCUCUUCAGGGCCAUCUAUGCCCCGCAGAAUAUCUACUGCAUCCACGUGGAUAACAAGACAUCGGCGGAGUUCAGGAGCCGGGUGCGGGAGCUGGCCUCCUGCUUCGGCAACGUGUUCCUCGCGUCCCGCAGCGAGACGGUGGUGUACGGCGGCUUCUCCCGGUUGCAGGCGGACAUCAACUGCAUGCGGGAGCUGCUGGGCUCCCCUGUCAUCUGGAAGUACGUGAUCAACUUGUGUGGGCAGGACUACCCGCUGAAAACCAACCGGGAGCUGGUACGGUUCCUCAAGAGCCAGCGUAAGAGCAGGAACAUCACACCGGGGAUCCCACAGCCCGAGCACGUGAAGCUGAGGACCAGCCACGUUCACCGGGAGUACGUCGCCUCCGGGCAGUCCUACGUGAUCCAGACCCCGGCCAAGAAGGCGGACGGCGUCCCCCACGGCCUGAAGCUCUACUUCGGCUCCGCUUACUACGUCCUCACCCGUGACUUUGUGGAUUUUGUGCUGCGGGACGUGCGGGCGAAGGACUUGCUGCAGUGGUCGAGGGACACUUACAGCCCGGAUGAACAUUACUGGGUCACCUUGAAUCGGAUCGCAGAUGCGCCAGGAGCAGACCCCAAUGCUGGGUGGGAAGGCAAUGUAAAAUUAGUUAAAUGGCUGGACCAGACUGAAGUAACCCACAAUGGUUGUAAAGGUCACUAUGUUCGCAACAUCUGUGUUUAUGGUUUGGGAGACCUGGAGUGGCUUGUUCAAAAGGACUUCUUAUUUGCAAACAAGUUUGAAGUCAACAGCCACCCACUAGUGGCACAGUGCUUGGAGCGGUGGUUAAGACCAAGGACUUUGUCUCAUUCUGAAGUACCAAUUCAGCAAGAAUGGUACAUUAAGAAUAACAAGUGUUUCUUUGAUAUUGAAGGCAAUGACUGCAGCAUCCCUUUGAAGUGAUAUACGAAUCCUUGGUUAUAUAAGAGGCAAGAUAAAGAGGAAUUUUUGUGUCCCAUGUCCCUUCUCUAAUCCUGAAAGGAAGCUGAUUAUCUGUCAUUGGUUAGAUGGAAAAUAUUCUCUCAUCUUCCUUUUUGAAUUUAAUUGCUUCCCUCAUGUCUUUCCUCUGCCCUUCAAUUUGUGUCACCUUAUAAGUUUGUUUUUCAUAUUUAAAUUGUUGGUUUUUGUGCAGGACAUCAUUUAUAAGUGAAGAGGAUGAAUGGAUGGUCAGCACUCCGAUCACUGCUGUCACUAAUGUGCAAUCAUCUGCUAGAAGAUGCAGAAAAACAAAAUUUUCCCUCCUUUCUUCUGCUUGCUCAGUGCCUCCUUCACUUAGUACUCUUCACUUUCCCAAUCUUAAAAGAGUUGACAACAUGUUGGGACUAUAGAUUACUUUCCAUAGAGUAUGUUGAUUGCCUGCUUGAGAAUACCACGCAACCAAAGGAUGCCUUUAAACUCCAAAAGAAAAUAUGAGCGAAGUGGGGGGGAGAAAGCUUUCAGAAAAUCCACAGGCACUAAACAAAAUGGACUCCAUUGAUAAACUUAAAGGAGCAUUAGACCUGGCAACUCAAACAUGGGAUUGCAAGAGACAUCGUCAGAAUUGUUUUUUUAUAAAAAUUCUAAUGCAAUAUCUAAGGAAUUAUAAAUGAUUUAGUAAUGUAACAAUGGUGGGUAAACAUUGGAAACAAGUAUUAAGGUAUCAAUUUAAGAACAUCUAAGUUAACAUCUCAAUUAAAGGAAAAUAUAUUUGACAAAUUUUACUGGCAUUUUCUAAGAAUGUAACAAUUAUUUAGAGGAUGAAAAAAAUGGGUAUUCGUUUAGAACGCCUGUGAUAAGAUUCAUCAGACGACUUAGGGAAGUAAUGAAAAUCAAAGGUAUUGAAAUUCGUGUAAGACGGUGUAUUAGUUUUAUUAUUGAUGAGAAAAUAGGUGUAUUUUAUUAGUAAUUUUAAUUCUAAUAGAAUCACUCAAAACAAAAGGAAUUUUAUGCGGUUGACUGCUGGUAUUUUUGACUGUUGGAAAUGCUGCAAGUAUUGAAAGUCAUAAUUGAAAAGUUAAAUUACCAUUGAUAUUGUAAAAUGUGAUGACAUUGUAUAGUGAGAAAAUAACUGGUUAUUGAUAAGGAAUAUAAAGGAAAUCAUUGUGCAUUUAUAAUGUACUUUUGAUAUAGCUACAAAUACAAAGGCACUUUAAAGAUAAAUAAUUCAAUUUGAAUUAAUGGCAAAUUAAAGAAUGAGCUGCUACAAGGGAUAAUAAAGUGCUCAGUCAAGGAGAGAGGUUUAAAAAGUGAAAAGAUUUAGUGAGGGAAUUCCAGAAUCUGAAAGAUUUGGUAACUGAAGGUACAGUUCUGAAUGAUGGGCUGAAGGGAAAGGCUGAUAUUAAUAAAUUGCAAUCAGAAGAGUACAGAGUUCUUUGGAUUGGAGGUAGGAGCAAGUUACAGGGAUGGGCAAAGCUGAAAAAACAUUUAAAUGCAUGGAGGAGAACUUUACGUGUGGAAAAUGUGAACCAGUAUAGAUCACAAAGAUCAGAGAUUACUGGGAGCAGGAUUUUGUGAGGAAUAGGAUACAGAUGGCAGGUUUGGAUUUGGUGGAAUCUAAUAUUGAAAGGAGAGUCUCAGUGAACAGCAAAUAUUACAGAAGCACUUAGAAUAUUUAAGAAACUAUAAUUUGAUGGACCAAGUAUAAAUCCAAAGAAAAAGUUGUCACAAAUCUAAACCACUGGUAAAGCACAACCUUUAUAUACGUAAUACGUCAUAGAAGUAUUAUAUCUACAUCAGAUCAAUAUUUGCACAAUUGCAGGUGCACUGAAAACAAAUGUCAAAGAAAGGGAAUCUGAAUAAGAUCAAUUCUAGUUGGCAGUCCCUUGAUUUGAACAUGACAUCAGGGACAUAAGUUUCUUCUGUGGGUCUUCAUGUGACAGUUCAGGCUGAAUCUCAACUUGCAGAUCUUUCGACAUGAAGGGAAGGAAAUCUUAUGAAGUAGUGGAACCCAAAGUGCAGGAUUUGUAUUCUUUUUUCUUCUACUGCCACUCUGUCUUGUUGUUUAAGGCAGUUCGACUCAGCGUGAUGCAACUCAAUGGGCAAGUUAUUAAAUGAUUUAUAAAUGAGCUCCAUGCAGUCACUUGGGUCAACACUGCUGUACUUGAACCUUAGAAUGUCUUUGUAGUGUUUUCUUUUGCCCUCACCGAACACUGGCAAGGACCUGAGGGGGAGAUGUUGUGCCAUCCAGACAGUGUCCUGUCCAUUGUAUUUAGUAUUGUGUUCGUUUUGCCUGGUUUCAAGAAGGACACCGAUGUCUGUUUGCUGGUCCUCCCAUUAAACAGAGCGUCAUAGAAUCAAAGAAUCCAUGCAAUCCAGAUGCAGGCCAUUUGGUCCACCGAGUCUGCACUGACUCUCCCCCCACCCCCCACCCCACCCCACCACCACCAAAAAGAAACCAACCAACUCAGAGCCAGCUGCUUUAUCCUAUCCCUGUAUUUCCCAUGGCUAAGUCGCCUCGCCUGACAAAUCUGAACACUGGGGCAACUUAGCAUGGACAAUCCACCUAACCUUCAGAUUCUUUGGACCAAUGGAGAAAACUGGAGCACCUGGUGGAAACCCAUGCAAACACCGGGAGAACAUGCAAACUCCACGCAGACAGUCAAGGCUGGGAUGGAACCCAGCCCCUGGUGCUGUGAUUCAGCGCAGUGGUAACCACUGCCACUGUUCUGUCCCAAUGUGGUGGCAACAUUGCUGUUAGAAUUUCUGUCGAGGUCCAGUGUGUCACUAAUACACAGUCUGUAGUUUCACUGCCGUGCAGGAAUGUGAUGCUUGACAACCACUUUGUAGGUUAGACUUCUGUUUACUCACAGAAGUCUUAGAUGCAAACACUUGCUGGUGAUCUUCUGAGCUGUGUGGAAGCCAAAGAGUGGGAAAUGUUCAACAUGUUGCAGUGUUAUCUUCAACAAAUACUGAGCUGAUCAGUUUAAAUAUAAAGGGAGCUAAAUCUAUUCUCUCUGUAGAAAGGGUAAGUAAAAUUGAAUGUUUACAUUACAUCUGUAGUAUCAGUGUAAUGUGGUGUUUGCUUGUAAAAAAUCUAAAUUUGCAAUUCCUGACCUGGCUGUCAAAGGAACCACUUUAUUCCGGAGUCAACUUGGCCCCUGACUCUUGAGUCACGUAAAGGUCUGUUCACUUUUGACCGUGAAACCACUUGCGUGGUAUAAUGGUAUAAUGUAAUUUUGCGGAAGGUUUGUAGGAGGACUGUAAAAGUGAAGGUGAAGAUAUUCUUUCUAUAUAAGCAAAAGGAAAGAUUUGAACCAGUGAUGUAUUUGUAGUUGUAAAAUUAGGCAAACACUGCACUCUUUGUGCAUCUUGUUCACUUGCAGUGCUGGCUACAUGUCUCCCCCUCACCCUGGCAAUUGGUACUGUACUUUAGUUUGUGUGUUUUUCCACUUUUUUUUAAGUAAAGAAUUGUGUUAACGAUGUUCAGUUGACCGCAUAAUCAUCACGUAAACAGAAAGUGAAUGGUUAAUCAUGUGCACUGUGGUAAACUGUUGACAAAAUAAUGUACUUGUUUCUUGUACCACUAUGGUGUUUGAAGUCUGGAAAUUACUGUUAAUUAGUUUCAUAUUCCACUAUCUGUUAUUUUAUUGCAGGUGUCAGAUGAUUGUUUUCUAAAUUCAGUGUAAUAUAUGAAUGUUUAAUGUUCAUGUGCUAACAUUACUGGAUUAAUCAACACUAAUGUGAUAGAUCCUUUCAUCACAGUAACUGUCAGAAGCUUUAAGAUCUUGAUCAGCAUUUUGUUGGUUGACUGAAUGUUACAUUCUUCACCUUUUUUGUGCUUUUGAAACAAAUCUUGUAUCCCCAUAGGAAGUACAUGCAAAUGAUGUGCAUGGAUGAAAUAUGAAUACUGACAAUAAAUAAGCCUUUAACAGAUAACACUGACUUUUUUGCAACUGGCACUGAUUCAAUAGACACCUGGAUAAACAGGUUUUGAGUAAUAAACUAGUCUAUAUGUAGAAUAUUUUACAGGCAACACAGCUAGCAUCCAAAUAACCACUGUUUGAAAGAUUUGAUAAAAUGUAUGUAGAAGGAAUGUAUUAUGUGACGUAACCAUAACAUUCCCUUUAAAUUUCAUCCAGGAAUGGACUUCGUGGGCAGAAUUGAUCGUCUUUGCUGUAAUGACUUUCUUCAAAUGUAAUUGUUUUGCAUUGAAUGAUUUAUUGUCACUUGUAUUUUACAGUGAAUGUUACAGUAAAAUACAGUGAAAUGCUUCAACUCUCACCACAAUCACGUGCCAUUUUGAAUGCCAUUUUAAGAAUAAAAAUAAAAAGAUAUCACUAAGAUUGUCAA